AUGGCCUCACGCGUUUGCAACGCCUGUGCGCAGCCAGCCACGAAGAUCUGCAGUCGGUGUAGAUGCCGGCACUACUGUAGUGAGAGAUGCCAACGCGAGGACUGGCGCAGCCACAAGCAGUACUGCAGGAAGCCCCCAAGCAAAUCGGAAGAGAUCGAGGCUUUGAAGCAUCUGUGGUUUGGGCCAGGCGCGGCAACUGCUGAAAGCCGAGAUUCCUGGCAGCGAUUCUUGCAGCAUGCAGGUGGUUCAUGUGAACCAUCCGAUAUCACCAAGGUGGACGUUCAAAAGCUGGAGAAGAUAGUCAUGGAUGAAAUCAAAGCCAGGAUGCCAGCCGAUCUAGAACCAGAUCCGGUGGGCUACCCCAUUCAUGUUGUGAAGCAGUUGCGCGUGCUGCCCUCGUUGCCCUUGAUGGAUGAUGAGUUUGUCAUGUCCUUCUCCACCUUCGGUCACAUGGAUCACCGUGGCCACCUGCUCUAUUGCAUCAUGUGCAUGUCCAACCGGACGGAGCAGGUACGUGCUGUGAGUACCUGCUCUGGGGCUCCGACAGCCACCGAGUGCCAAUCAGUUUUGUUCACCGCCAUGAUCAAGCCGAUGCCCCUCACGGGUGACCCCAUGCGCCCAAGCCAGGUGCUCUUGGCCAACCGCUGGGGCCCUGACACCUAUGAGACCUUGCGGCCCUUCCUGAUUGAGCAUGGCGUCGGCAUCCGGCUCGAGUCCGAGGCUGAGGCCAAGUUGUCAGCAGCCAUGCAGGACGUCGACUCGAACGGUUUCAACGUGUGA